AUGACUAUGGAUACUGAACGGGCUGUUCAAUACCUGGAGGGAUUGAUUGGGCGUCAGCUCAGGGUAUACACGACUGACAGUCGGAUGUUCGUUGGUCUAUUCAAAUGUACCGAUGCAGAGCGGAAUAUAAUCCUUGCCAACUCAUACGAAUAUCGUUUCCCCACACCCUCCGCUGUCCAAGCCGCCGCCGCAAAAGAAGCCGAGUCAUGGGAGCGUAACGCCGAAGCUAAAAGCGCCACCGUCAAAGUCAACAUGACACAUCGACUCAUUGGGCUCAUCGUGGUACCAGGGCGUCAUAUUACGAAAAUCGAGCUGGAAUAG